AUGCAGCAGAAACUUGAGGUUUAUAAGGAGAUUCUUCGUCGUCUUAAAGAAUCUAAUCACGAAGAAGCUAAUCUACCUGGUUUUGAUGAUCAACUCUGGACUCACUUCAAUAGCCUCCCUACCAGAUAUGCGUUAGAUGUGAAUGUGGAGAGAGCAGAAGAUGUGUUAACGCAUAAGAGAUUGCUGCGUUUGGCUCACGAUCCUGCUAAUCGACCGGCGAUUGAAAUUCGCCUUGUUCAGGUUCAUCCUACUUCCGAUGAUAAUUCUACUGACUCUAGCCUUCAAGACUCUCCUAGUAAGGAAGCAGCUCAGAGAAAGAACUUGCAUCCACCGCCAGCCUUUGGUUCAUCACCUAAUCUUGAAGCACUGGCACUUGAAGCAAAUAAAUUUGAUGAUCAAGAUGGUGAUAAUUCUGAGUAUGCUGAUUCAAAUUUCUUCAGGCCCACGCAUGAAAUAACUUUUUCGACCUAUGACAAGCCAAAACUCCUGAGUAAGCUGACUUCCUUACUUGCUGACAUUGGGUUGAACAUCCAAGAAGCGCACGCAUUUUCGACAGUUGAUGGCUACUCCUUAGAUGUAUUUGUUGUUGAUGGUUGGCCAUAUGAGGAAACGGAGCAGCUCAGACAAGCGUUGGUAAAGGAAUUUUCCAAGAUUGAGGUAAUUCCCUGA